AAAAAAAAAAAAGAGACUUGAAUAAAUUCAAAUAAAAAAAAAAUCUUUAUUGAAAAAUUCCAAAAACUCCUUUUGCUAUUCCUUCUAAGUAUAUUGCAUUUACAAAAUGAGAAGUAUCAAGUCAGUUGUUGUAGGUGAUGGUGGGGUUGGUAAAACAUGUUUAUUGAUUUCCUAUACUACCAACACCUUCCCCAAUGAUUAUAUUCCAACUGUUUUUGAUAAUUAUUCUGCUUCAGUAAUGAUUGAUGGAGAACCAAUCAAGUUGGGAUUAUGGGAUACCGCUGGUCAAAGUGAAUAUGAUCGUUUAAGACCACUAUCAUAUCCUCAAACGGAAAUCUUCUUAUGUUGUUUUUCAGUUAUAGAUCCUUAUUCUUUCCAUAAUGUUAAACUGAAAUGGAUACCGGAAAUAUACCAUCAUUCUCCAAAAGAUAUUUUGGUUUUACUUAUUGGUACCAAGAUUGAUUUAAGAGAUGAUUUACAUGUUUUAGAUGAAUUAAAUGAAAAAAAUUUAAAGCCAAUUACUUUUGAACAAGGUGCAAAACUGGCUAAAGAUUUGGGUGCUAUCAAAUAUAUGGAAUGUUCUGCAGCUACGCAAGUUGGAGUUAAAGAAAUUUUUGAUUACGCUAUUAGAGCAGUCUUGGAUCCUCCAAAUUCAAAAGAUUAUACUGUUCCUUCAGAAUCAAACGGGGUUGGUAUCCCCGGUGCUUCUAAAAAUUCAGUAAAUAAUAUGUCUGGUCAUAAUCCUCCAGUUAGAAAAAAGAAGGUUAAAAAGGCUAAGAAAUGUAAUAUUUUAUAAUUGACAUUUUUUCAAAGAUUCAAAUUAAUCCUUAAAGCUUUGCAUUUAUGAUCACUUUUCUCCUAAUUUUC